AUGGCUGCACAACAAUACCACCACCGGUCAAGCGACGCGAGCAGCAAGCAGCAGGAUGCACCAAAGCGACGACGGACACGCGGUAAACCGCCCACGGGCUUCCUGGCCCGGCUGGAGCACUUCACCUGGGCCAACUUCACCUUCCCGAUGAGCACGGGCGGUCUGGCCCUGAUACUGGCAGAGCAGACGCAGGGGUACACAUUUCACGGGCUGCAGACCAUCGGCAAGGUCGUCUACAUCUUCGACCUGGUCAUCUUCAGCCUCAUCUGCGCGGCCAUCACCUACCGCUUCGUCAAGUUCCCGGGGACCCUGCGCGCGUCCAUCACGCACCCCACCGAGGGCUUGUUUCUCAGCACGUCGACGCUGAGCCUGGCGUCCAUUAUCGCCGGCAUGGCGCGCUACGGCAUCCCGGCCGCCGGCGUCGGGCCCUGGCUGGUGCGCGCGUACAUGGUCCUGUUCUGGGUCUACUUUGCGCUCACCUUUUGCAUCGCCGUCGGCCAGUACGUCUUGUUGUUCACGUCCGCGCAGCUCAAGAUCCAGGACAUGACCCCCGCGUGGGACCUGCCGAUCUUUCCGUUCAUGCUCUCGGGGACCAUCGCGGCCGUGGGCGCCUCGCUGCAGCCGGCGUGGUCGGCGCUUCCUAUGAUCAUUGGCGGGUUGACGGCCCAGGGACUGGGCAUGCUCGUCUCGGUGCUGAUGUACGCGAAUUACGUCCGGAGAAUGAUCCAGUACGGCUUCCCGUCGGCUAACUCCCGGCCGGGUAUGUUCAUCGCCGUCGGGCCGCCGGCAUUCACGAGCCUCGCGCUGAUGGGCAUGGCGAGCGCCUACCCGGAGCACCACGCCUACUUCGGCGCCGACGCCCUGACCGUACAGAUCCUGCGUGUCAUCGCGACCAUGACGAGCGUCUUCAUCUGGUCUCUCAGUCUCUGGUUCUUCUGCAUCGCCGUGCUCGCCAACCUGGCCGUCUGGCGGCAGCUGAGCUUCCGCCUCAACUGGUACGCCUUCGUGUUCCCCAACGUCGGGUUCACCAUCACGGUCAUCCUCAUCGGCAAGGCGUUCGACAGCCGCGCCGUCAAGGCCGUCGGCAGCGCCAUGACCAUCCUCAUCGUCGCGACGUGGAUCUUUGUCGUCUGCUGUCAUGCGAGGGCUGUUUGGAGACACGACAUCAUGGAGGAUGGCAAGGAUGAGGAUGUUUACGCCGAUGAGACGGACCAUCGCCAUGUCAAACCUGGUGGACAUGACCCGGAGAAGCAGGCUUGA